CGAUCUUUUAAUGAUAAAUUAAUUGUCUUUAAUAUAUUUGUGAACAGUUAGAUAGUAAUCGUGAUCUCGACAAGCAACAAGUUUGCUGCAUCAACCGGAACCAGUUCACUCAGGUCUUAUUUCGCGCACUAUCCAACACUGCCAUCAGCUGUUACCACAUGGCCAUCCCGAUUUUUUGGCCUGCACUUUGAACCUUGCGUUCGUUUCGCUGCGAAUAAAGAUACGAAUUUGACUGCGCCUGUCCGCAUUUCAGUUCGUCCUGCUCCGCCGUCCAAUUGCCCACCGCACUUUCAUCGGUUCAGAAUCCCGCGGAACUCGCUGCCGUGCACAUCGCAUCGCAUUUCCACUAGCUGCGUUUUCAGCAUUUUUGGUUCGCUCUCUCCGGUUUUUAUAGAGCGCUCCGUUCCGCUCUGCUCCGCUCUCUCUCCGCGCGCAACACUCUACAAUUCCAUUGAUAAGCAGCGCCCGCCGCCUCCUCCUGUCCCGCCCCCGCCGCGGCUGCCGAAUUCCGUCUCGCCCCCUUUUCUCUGAAAAAGUGCAAAGCAAAGCAAAUCAAUCAAUUAAAAAAGUACGGCGAAUAGUAGUGCAAGUGCGUGUGUUAAUUAAUUUAGUUUGCUUCAUCCGUUCGCACAUUCUGUGUUUAUUAAUUAGCAGUUCAUAGUUUCCGGCGGAAAAACCAGCGACGUUCCGUAUUAUUUUCGAGCUUCCGUUCGACGGCCAAUUACCAGGUGAAAUACAAAAAUAUAAUACAAAAAAAAAAAAAAAAAAAAAAAAUAUAAAAGGAUAAGCCAUCAUGACGCACUGGGAGGACUUCUACAACACGCACCUGCCGCCCGCGGAUUUUGAGGACAAUCGUUCCCUCCUCAAGGAGUUCUGCGAAAGGCAUAACAAAUUACAGAACCGCAUCGUCCUUGUCACGUCCGGUGGCACCACAGUUCCACUGGAGCACAACACAGUACGAUUUGUGGACAACUUUAGUGCUGGCACUCGAGGCUCUGCUUCGGCGGAAUACUUCCUGGAUCACGACUAUGCCGUGAUCUUUAUGCACCGUCACAAAUCACUGGAGCCCUUCACCCGGCACUUCACUGGCCAGCAGUUCUUCGACAUGCUGGACAUUGCGGACAAUAGCCAGAGCUCAACGAUAGCCAUCAAGCCGGACUCGGUGGAUGUGUUUGCACCAGUGUUGGCCAAGUACAAGAUUGCCCGCGAAACACAGAUGAUUCUGUACGUGAACUUCACCAGUGUGGUUGACUAUAUGUGGCUGCUCCGUGCCGCCUGUGAGUGUUUGGCCGCCUUCGAGGAACGGGCCGUGCUUUACCUAGCAGCUGCCGUAUCCGAUUUCUACAUACCCGAGGACAUGAUGCCCACCCACAAAAUGCAAUCGGGAGAUGGUGCGCCAACGAUUUCGCUGCAGCUGGUGCCAAAAAUGCUGGCUCCCCUUGCCAGUUUGUGGGUCCCUCACGCCUUUGUGGUGUCCUUUAAGCUGGAAACGGACGAGAGCCUAUUGAUUGUGAAGGCACGUGACAGCCUCAACAAAUACAAGCACAAGCUGGUCAUUGCCAAUGUGUUGCAGACACGCAAACAUCGCGUGGUAUUCGUCACGCCCACAGAUUCCUACGAGCUGCAUUUGAGCCGCGAACAGACGCUGCAAGGACUCGAGAUCGAGGAGCCCAUCGUUGCCGAUGUGGUGCAAAAGCACGGGGAGUUCAUCAACAACGCUCAACAGCGUCAAUGACCGUUAUCAAUGCGUCGGCGGCCACAGACGCAGCAACAUGUGCAGCAUCAACACCACCACCAACUGGCCACCGGCGAUGAGGAUGACGAUGCAGAGGAUCUGGAUCGGGAUCCUUAUUGCGUGACCAGUUCGCAUUAUUGCCGCGUUCUGAAUCCGGGCACGCCAAGCUUUGCCCGAAAAUAUUGAGCAGGUUAUUAUAUAGUCAGUCCAUAGUGAAAUACUGAAAUGUGAAUGGCAGACAUUUGCAUAUACCUUUCACUUUUUUUGAGUUCCCGCCACAGUUUAUCUAUUUAUGGUCGCUCCUUAUAAUUGAGGUGGCUUUGCUCCAUUAGUCCUUUCCCUUGUUAUUGUUGUUUUAAUAUUAGUUAAUGUAUUUCGUUUAUUGUUGUCAUGAGAAAUGAUGUCACUUGUAUGUAUUCACCAUCCCCGUUUUGUUCCUUUUCUUCGUCUUCGUCUAUUGUCUGGUGGCACGUUUAUGUUAUCGAGUAUACGCAGUGUGUUGCGCAGACAUCAA